AUCCGUCUAUCUCUCUUUCCUUUUAAUCGUUUUCAUCAUCCAAAAUUCAGACUUCUCUCGAGUCUACUUCCGGCGGCUAAGCUAUUGACCUCUAAUCCGUUUGAUCCUACUAAGGUCUGUCAAAAUGUUUACUUCACUGAAGAAGAUCCAAAAAGAUAAGGGAGCUGAACCCACUGAAAUUGAAGAGACAGUGGCACAAGCUUUCUUUGAUUUGGAGAACACAAACAAUGAGCUUAAGAGUGAUCUUAAGGAUCUUUUCAUUAACUCAGCAAUAAUGGUUGAUGUUUCUGGAAAUAGAAAAGCUGUUGUCAUCCAUGUUCCUUACAGACUAAGGAAAUCUUUUCGCAAGAUUCAGCUUAGGUUGGUGAGAGAACUGGAAAAGAAAUUCAGUGGAAAGGAUGUUGUUCUUAUUGCCACAAGAAGGAUAACAAGGCCACCAAAGAAAGGUUCAGCAGUACAAAGACCCCGUUCUCGCACUUUAACAUCUGUGCAUGAGGCCAUCCUCGAGGAUCUUGUCUACCCAGCUGAGAUUAUUGGAAAGCGCACCAGAUAUCGUGUUGAUGGUUCAAAAGUGAUGAAGGUUUUUUUGGAUGCCAAGGCACGCAAUGACACCGAGUACAAGUUGGAGACAUUCUCGGGUGUUUACAGGAAGCUAUCGGGCAGGGAUGUUGUUUUUGAAUACCCAGUUGCAGAGGCUUAGAAUUCAUUGGUAAUGAAUAUUUUCUUGAUUUAUUGAAGGGGAAAGGGAAGGGUAUCAUAAAGAUGUGUUUAGUUUGGUGGUUUAUUUGAAGUUUUGACUUUAUUUGAUUUCUUGUAGGUUGCCUAAAUGUUAGAAGCAAAUUAAACUGAUGAUUUAAAUGUUGCUUUUAUCUUAUUGAAAAGCUUCUUAUUCCUUUGA